CCCCAGCCGAGUUGUAUGCUUCAAUCGGAGUAGUCUCUGUGUAUUAUGGUUGUAGUCAGCGGGCGAAGAAGCGAACCGGAGUCCUGGUAGGGAUCAAAUUCAGCUGCAGGAGAAGAUACUAGAAAUGCAGGGUUAGAGAGUGAAGACCGCAGAAGCAGAGGAUUUGUGGUCAGGAAUUCCAAACUAAACGUCACACCUGUUGGAGGUUUUUCACAAUCUGAAUAUCAUUGCCGUGGGAACCAUUUCAGAGAUCAUGCUGGCUGGAAAAACACCGAGAGACGGGGAUAUGCACACCCCUGAGAGCGUUCCAAAGUGCAGAUCUGUGGGAAAAGACCUGAUCUGAUUGGAAAUCGGACAACUUAACACUUCUCACAUCGGAGAGAAACUCAAACUGUGAUCAAGGCUUCAAAAGAUUAGGCACAGGCACGCUGGGGAGAUGCAAGGGCACUUGCACCAUGGAGAAACCGUGUAAAUGCAGGGACUGUGGGAAGGGGUUCAGUUACCCAUCCCAGUUGGAAACACACCGUCGCAGUCACACCGGAGAGAGGCCAUUCACUUGUUCCGAAUGUGGGAAGGGUUUUGCUCUGUCAUCCAGUCUCCAGCUGCACCAGCGGGUUCACAGUGAUAAGAGACCAUUUAAAUGCUCUGACUGUGGGAACUCUUUUAAAAUCUCUGCAGACCUAAUUAAACACCAACUUGUUCACACUGAUGAGAGACCGUUCGGCUGCUCCCAUUGUGAGAAGAGAUUUAGGCAGUCAUCACAUCUCAUCCAACACCGGCGGGUUCACACUGGAGAGAGGCCGUUUACCUGCUCUGUGUGUGGGAAGGGAUUCACUCAUGCAUCCAAUCUUCGGACACACCAGCGGGUACACACGGGGGAGAGGAUAUUCACCUGCACCGUGUGCGGGAAAGGGUUCACACAGUCCUCCAAUCUCAGGACACACCAGCGGGUUCACACUGGCGAGAGGCCAUUCACCUGCACCCUGUGCGAGAAGGGUUUUACAAAUUCGUCCCACCUACUGACACACCAACUUGUUCACUUUGAUAAGAGGGCCUUCAAAUGCUCUGACUGCGAGAAGAGCUUUAAAAGUGCAAAGGACUUGCUGAUACACAGGCGUGUUCACACUGGGGAGAGGCCAUUCACUUGCUCCAUCUGUGGGAAAGGAUUCACUCUGUCAUCUAACCUCCAAACACACCAGCGGGCUCACAGCGGAGAGAGGCCUUUCAGCUGCUCGCUGUGUGGUAAGGGCUUUAAUCGGUCAUCCAAUUUACUGAGACACCAGCGAGUUCACACUAGGGAGAGGCCAUUCACUUGCUCUGUGUGUGAGAAGGGAUUUACUAGAUCAUCCCACCUGACGAGACACCAGCGAGUUCACAAGUGACUGAGAGAGUUGAGUUCUUCUGUAUUUGCUGAGCAGGACCUCACUCUUCGCAGAGUCCUCAGACUCUGCAUUUGUUAAUUCCGUGUAACCGAGCUGGAUCUUCUGGGGUCUGGAGGGAUGCAACACCAUGUGUUUGCUUCUGUCGUUCAAUGACAAGCGGUUAGCUGAUGAUCUUGUCUGCGUGAUUUUUGUCCUUGAGCCCUCUAGACCAUGUUGCUUCUGUGCCUGCGGUUCCACUGGUGGACAAGGCCCUGUUACCCAGCCUCUCCAGGUGUGGUAUCAGGGAAAAGGACUGACAACAUGCUCUACGUCCGUAAACACAAAACUGUCUGCAUAUUGCCGUUGAGGCAACACAGGAAAAAUCACUCCUGAAAACAUCACAGGGAUGUAAAUGUCGUCUGUUCAGUAAUUGUAUUUAACACAAAAUGAACAAGAAACUAAAUCUCAAACACUAGAUUCUGCAGAUGCUGGACAUCCAGAGGAACAAAAAAUGCUGGAGGAGCUCAGCAGGUCAGGCAACAGCUAUGGAGGGGGUUAAACAGUUGAUGUUUCUGACCCAGACCCUUCAUCAGGACUGGAAAGAAAGGGGAAGACGCUAAAGUAAGAAGGUGGGGGAAGGGAAGGAUACAAGGUGGCAGGAAGAUAAAUAAUCCAACUCCUGAAACUUGGGACAUGCCUGCAAUCUAAUGCCUCGGUGCAUGAGAUAAAUGUUUUCAGAAUUUGUUUGGAACUUAAAUCAAGUUGGCAAAUUAUUUGACUUGAGGCUGUAGGUCUUUGGACGCUGUCCUGCACCAAUCUGUAAUGCGAUGGAGAACAUACAUUUGUCCCAGCAUAACCCUGGCAGAUGUCGUUUGUGUACUUUUAAAGAGUGUCUCCUCUCUCCUUGGGUCUCCUGCAACUGCACUGAAAGUCAAUGUGGUUUGUAUAUGGAGAUGUGAAGCAGGAAAAUGUCAGGAUGCUGCUCUAGCCUCUGGUCAGAGUCAGGGUGGUGCUCAAGCAAACAGAUCUUUACAAUAAGAAUCACCCAAGUGCGGCCACAGUUUGGGCAGAGCGGUGGCGAAGUUGAGAGCAGGAGUGUGUCACAGAGCCCGCUGCACCCUUCAGCUAGGCAGAGGGUGAUCCAGUGCCUUGAGCCCAAUGUCUGGCAGUGCCCUGUUUGUCAUUAACAGCUAUCUGUAUUCCGUAAUUCUUUCCUGGAACAAUUGGUAAAGGCAGUUUUUAAAAAAAAAGCUUGUAACAAUGAUUUAAAGACAUUUGAAUGGGGACAUGGGAAGGAGAUGGGAUAUUAGCCAAGUGCGUUAUUUCUCACACGUGCACAGUAAAAUGCAUCUUUUGUGUCGAAUCAGAUCGGCAAGGAUUGCCACGGGGGCAGCCUCCGCGUGUCGCCAACAUGGCAUGCAUGCCCAGAACUUACCAAUACUGACCCAUACGUCUGGCAUGUGGGAGGAAACCCACGCUGCCCUGGGAAGAACGUACAAACUCCUUAGAGACAGUGGUGAGAAUUGAAUCUCCGUCAACGAUCGCUUGCGCUGUUCUGCCCCAAAUGUGACUGACUUGUGUAGGCAUCUUGGUCAGCACGGAGCAGAUGGGCUGAAGGGCCUGUUUCCAUGAUCUGCAUGUCCUGUCCUUCACUCUCUGCCGUUCCUGCACUGAAAGCCAGACUCCUCCGGGACAUACCCCAAAUCGGGAAAGGCUGGGCGAAUCCAACCUUGUGCACACCCUGUCUGAUCACAGCCCACUUCCUAACAGGGUAGUUGAUCAUCUGCAUGACAAGCAGUUGAACCUGAGAUGAAAACAAUGCCCUUCAUUGCAUUGACAGAGGAAUUAAACUGAGGGAAGUGCAUGACCAAGCUUAAUUUUAAGAUGCAAUUUAGUAUACUGAAAAAUAAUAAAACUCAUCCUGGGGAGGGUGGUGAGAACUUCAGAAGUUUGAGGCUCGUUGAAAAGAUUAUAAAUGAUCUUGGACAUCUACAGGAAUGAUAUUAUACAAAGCUUUCAGUCAUUAUAAUUAGUUUUGCAACAACAGCUUGCAUUCUUAAAGAAACCUAGGAAAACUAUCAUUUGUGACGCUUGGGAUAUCAGGUGGAGAUUUCAAAAGGGAAUUCCACGGAGUACAUCCUGGAGGGUUGAGGUGGUGGAGCAGCUGAGACUUGGGAUAUUUCAGUGGUCAGAUUUGGAGUAGUUUACAGUUAUGGGCUGGAUGGAGCUAGGAGGGAGAGUUUUAUUUACUGGGAUUCAGUGGGGAGUAGACCCUUCAAGCCACACUGCCCAACAAUCCCUGAUUUAAUCCCAGCCGAAUCGGGGACAAUUUACAAUGACCAAUUAACCCACUAACUAGUACGUCUUCGUACAAGGAAACCGGAGCACCCGGAGGAAACCCACAAGAUCACGGUGAGAACGUACAAACCUCUUGCGGGCUGGAAUGGAACCCAGAUGGCCUGGAUGGUAAAGUGCUGUGCUGACCAUAAUGCUAUCGCACUGCUCCAGCACCAUGUGGAAAUAAUAAAACAUCAGUGGGAAUUUUAAACUUAGGGCUGUGCUUAACUAGUAGAUACUGUAAUUCACAAGCAUCUGAUGCUGGGUGAAGGGGAUCUAAAGAAUUCGGACAUUGUGGACAGAGCUUCAGUGACCUCCGGUUUAUAGAGCGGGGAUGGAAGUGGGUGAUUGAAUCGAGGUGGAAAUAGGUGGUCUUGGAAAUGUUCCAGAAAUCAUUUCAGCAUCAUGUACGUCACUGUCAGUCAACUGCCAAGGAGAAAGUGGAGGAUUUAUUAGCCUUAAUAAUAUAACUUAUUUGUAAAAGAAGCUCCAAAUGGUAACAUGUUUAGACCAGUCAAGGAGAUUGUAACCAACACACGCGAAAGUUGCUGGUGAACGCAGCAGGCCAGGCAGCAUCUAUAGGAAGAGGUACUGUCGACAUUUCGGGCUGAGACCCUUCAUCAGGGUAGUCCAGCAUCUGCAGAUUUCCUCAAGGAGAUUGUGGCUGGUUUGUGACCUAACUCCACGUACCUGCUUCCUCCACAUCAGUUAUCAAAAGUAAUUGGUAGUAAAAUUAACAAUUGAUCUCCCUUUUGAUUACCUUUUGUACUUGUGUUUUCUAGUGUCAUACUGGAGAGCCUGGAUGUGAUUUUUGUAUUGUGUCGUCUUGUCCUAGAUUCCUCAACCUAGCAUAGUCGUACCUUUAUCCACAGUUUAACUUCAAGGUCAUAUCCUGAAAGCAAAUGGAUUAUUUAUAAGAAUGCCUCAUGUAAUGACCGGAAGUGUAAUGUUAGUUUUGCUGUGGCCACUAGCAGAGCUUCACGUUUAUUGUUACUUGGCCUUUUCACUCCCUUUGCUGCUUCGUUCUUGGAUAUGAAAUAGCCGUCCCUAUCACUAAUCGUAACUGAGUAUCUGCACCAUCGAAACAAACAGAAGCUGAGGAGAAUUAUCCUAAGCCCUUAAAUGUAUGUAAAAUGAUGAUUGUCCUGACUGGAUUUGAACUUACUUUAUGAACAAGGUGUACACCUGGACAACUUUCUCCCUCACCAGCUGCACUGGAGCAACUUGCCUGGAGACUGGGCUGGCUCUGGCACAAACUGGGAUGUGAUCAAGGACCAUGGCCCACAUUUUGUCCAUUUGCAUCCCAAUAUCCCGUGAACUGAGCAGAAUCAGCUAUGACCUGUGCUGUUAAUCAGUGGAGAUCACACAAGAAGCUGAGGUAGUAUAUUGUGUGCAGUUGAGGACACCAACCUACAGGAAAGAUGUCAGUAAGAUUGAAAGAAUACAAAGAAAAUUUACGAGGAUCUUGCUGGGAAAUAGGGAUCUAGGUUAUAGGGAAAGGCUGAAUAGCUUAGGAACUUUAUUCUGGAGUGUGGGUAGGAAAAUGAGGGGAGAUUUGAUAGAGGUAUACAAAAUUACGACAGGUAUAGGUCGGGUAAAUUCAACCAGGCUUUUUUCCUCCACUGAGAUUAGGUGAGGCUGGAACUAGAGGUCAUGGGUUAAGAGUGAGAGGUGAAAUAUUCAAAGGGAACUGGGGAGGGAUUUCUUCACUCAGAGGGUGGUGCAAGUGUGAAAUGAGCUGCCAGCAGAAGUAGAGGAUGCAGGUUCAUUUUGAUCGUUUAAGAGAAGUUUGGAUAUCAGGGAUAUGGAGGGCUAUGGCCCAGAUGCUGGUUGCCUAGACUAGGCAGAUUAAUAGGUUUGGCAUGCACUGGAGGAUGGAAGGGCUUGUUUUUCUUCUGUCGUGCUCUAUGACUCUAUCUGCCAGACACAGUCACCAGUUGCAAAGACUUCAGCCUUUGUCUGUCUUUUGUACCCACUUUCCCCCCAGUAAUUCUCAGCAUUGCCACAUUAACAGAGCAGCGUCACUGAACACUUAACACUGCACAUUUGAACUGGUAUAACUAGUAUGUAUAGCAGUAACCAGCAUUGCUGCAUUAACAGAGCAGCAUGCUGAACACUAUGUUGGAGACAUUUGAAUUGGUUUAACUGAUACCUAUAGCAGUGACCAGCAGUAGGCAGUGAGGCCUAUCUGGGUGGUGAUAUCCUCACUACCUGGUCUGCCUGUAAUAAACAUUUAUCUAAUAUGACCUCUGGGAGUAUGAAAUGUGUGUGCAUUUUAAAGGGCCUCACUCUUUGCUCUUCCCUGCUUUUAGGGUCAAAUUGACAAACAACUGAAUCAGCAGCCUUGUGCUUUCAAGUAUCUAAUUCUAACUGACUGAAGGAACAUCCUGUUCUCAGACCAAGUCUAUUUUUAAUUACUACGAUGAAAGCAGACGUGUAAACCGAUGACAUUCACCCAUGAUGUGAACCAAGGAAGGUGUUUCUGUGUGUGUGUGUGAGAGAGAGAUACUGACACAGCCUUGUGAUCACAGUCACAACCAUGCAUGGUUAGAGUUGUGGCUGUGGUGGUUGUGUUGGUAAAGCAGCAUGUAUGUUCAACAAGUGAAGUAUGGCCAACGCACACAGCUUGUUACAACAGAACUGGGGAGAAGUAUAAGAAGGCUCUAAAUCCAGUGUAAUAUCUGAGUUGGACACUAUCCUCUUUAUUUUUUAUUGGAAAAUGAAUAAAAUCAAUAAAAC